CCGACCCUCGACGUGAAUGCCAGCAGUCCGUGAGCUGGAAGGCUACUCAGCAAACGAAGAACCACUGAGUGUCGGCCGAUUUCUACUCAGCACUGUUUCUCGAUGAAAUCACGAGUACCAUUACAAAUGGAAACUUGUGACAUGAGAUUCGACAAGAUACCCUUCUCACUUACGGACGUACAGGGAGUUGAAAUUUCCGUAAACUCGGAUGUGAUCGAUCAGCCGAAAGUGAAAUCUAGCAACAAUCGAAGCUCGACAUGGAAAUUGAAGUCCGAUGAACGAUGGCAGUUCUGUUCUGAUGUUUUCUAGGCGAGAGGUAACUUCUGAGCGGCAGUGAAGACGGAGCAAAAGGAUUCCAGUAAUACCCCACCCCUCCCAGUCGGUUAUCGAAGGAUGUCACCGACGACAAUGGCAAGACGAUGCGUCCCAGCAGGCCACGGGCUUUUCCAAUCGCUGCGUUGCGUGCGGCUCGACGAGGCCUGCGAGAAAUUUGACAAUGUGACUCGGUCAUAGAAACUCCACACUCAAUCGCUCGACCACUCCACUCCACUCAGCCCCGUCCAAAACUCCUCCUCCUCCUCCUCCUCCUCCUCAUGCACGCCCACCGACCGACAGACGACAAUGCGACGAUCGGCCACACGCACGGCCAUAUAUCGUCGCUGACUUGUGCUGCAGGCAGGCAGGGAGGCUACGAGGGACGAUUCCCAUGCCGUCGUACCCAACAGCAGAAACAGCAGCAGCAGCAGCAGUGGUCGAGAGUUAGACCUAUCAGUGUCGGUCCGAGGCUCCGACAUAUGCUCCCGGUACGAAAGUGCAGCACUCACGCACUCCCCCGGUCAAGCAAAUGCGCCAUGAAGCCGAAUCAUCCCCCAGAGCGACGACACGCCCGUAUCGGUCGCUCCGACAAAGAUCUCCCUGCUCCUGAAGAUUUGGUGUUUCCCGAGUCCUCGUACUAGCAGCACUAGCAGCAGCAGCAGCAGCGGUGUCCCAGACAACGAAGGGAAUCAAACACGAAGUGUCACGGUAUCAACGGACUAACGGAGUUUUUGCACGCAUGGGAGGAGGGGAGGGAGUGGUAAGCGACGAGCACGGAAUUUGAAUCGAGGAUUUCGAGAAAAACUCGUGGCAAUUCUUUUCUCUCUGUGGGCUUAUGGGCUCAUCAAAUCCCAACCGAGUCCAAUAUUCUACAUUGUGAACGAAUGGUAGAAAAAACCGUGUUCAGAAGAAUUGCACAAUCCUCCUUGUGAAGCUCAAGAGCUUGAAAUCAGAUACUGCAAGUAUUUUUCUUGCAGGCAGACGAACACCUGUUUUCUGGUCCCGUGCAAGCUUCUGCUCAGAAACAGAUAUCCGAUGUGCGUGGAGGUGUAGGAUAAUCCAUACGGCAGUCGGUGGUGGGUGCAUUACAAUCGCUGGCUGAGAAGCGGUUGGGCUGCUUUCGGUGUGUCCUGAAGCUCUUUCAUGCUCACGGUCGAAUUUCAAGCUUUUUGGUUUUAUAACCUCUGAUAUUGAAUAGUGGAGAGCAGGCUCUUACAGGCUGCAAACCCUAUCACUGGAUUUCCUGAUCGCAUCACUGAUGUCACAAAUGAGUGAGUCGGAUGCUUCAGCACGUCAACGCUCGUCAAAAUCACGGUUCCUUCGACAUCAUACUUAGUUUCCGCGAUUGGCCCAUUCUGGAUCUUCAAGUUGGACAGCACAUGCAGGAGACAGAUAUUCCGUUCAAUGCAAUGGACUUACGGGAUUUGGCGACUACGGGAAAACUCGAUGACAAUGACAGACCGGAGCAUCUGGAAUUUGUUUCUUCUUGA